UACAUAUGCUUCACCAGGCCCCAGGCUCAAAACCAGCGUGAGUUAAAUACAACUCACAUGGCAGUUCAUGUAUUAAAGUGAUUGCAUUUGUAACUUGAGCUAAUCUCCAGAUGAAACCCAAGUCUUUCUAAUGCUCAGGAAGGCUGGAAAGAAGGGAAAAUCCAACAGUUUAGAUGUACUUGGGGAGUAAAUCCCUUCUCCAGAAGGGAUGUUCAUGGUUCUAGAAUCUUCACAGCGGUGGUGUAAGCAUAUGUUGUUGUCAGCAGGCAGGGAGUGCUCCCAGGUAGUGGAACAGUUGCGUGUGUGUGUGUGUGUGAGAGAGAGUGUGAGAGAGAUAAAGUGGUAUUGGGUAGUGUGCACAUGUGUCUCUGUGUGCAGCACUGUGUGUGGUUCAGCUAUUAGAGUUGAGAAACCUGGGUUCCAAUUUGGUGGCCUUUGAUAAGUUCCUCAGGCAGAUCUUUCUGAGCUCCUGUUUCCUCAUUUUUGAGUUUAGUGUGUUGGGUGGUUGUCCCUUCCAGCUGUCUUGCUCAGCAUCCAGCCUAGGGGGGCAGGGAGGGGACUUCUGCUAGUGGCUUUACUGUGCAGUUUGCUUUCUGAGUCUCUUCCUCCCUGUGGGGCAGCCACUCUUUGCUGGUGCCUGCCCAUGCUGGCUUCUGCACCUGACUCGCUGCUAGUUGCAGAGGUGGCAUUUGGCUUUCUGGAAAUUGUCUCUAACUCACUGGAAAUGCAGGAAGCUUGAACAUGAAACUCACUCAGCAAAAAAAAAAAAAAAAAAAAAAAAAAGCGCACACACAAGAACAAGAAACCACAGGGCCUAUCAGUCUGUCGUCAUCGAGCAAACUAGAAUAGUGCAGAAAACUCUAGGCAGAGAGGAAAUGAACUUGAGAGAAGGGGAACACACAGCAGAGAAGAGAGGAAAGAGGGCGGGAGUGGAAGGACAGAACUGAAGCCGGGGCAGCGAGAUGGUGAGAGGAUGGGCGAGGAGGCGGUGAAGCACGGCUGCCUGUACCUGCAGCAGCAGCAGACGUUUGGAAAGAAAUGGCGCCGGUUCGGGGCCGUGCUGUACGGAGGGUCGGGCUGUGCCCUGGCCCGGCUGGAGCUCCAGGAGAGCCCGGAGAAGCCGCCACGCCGGGGAGGAGAGGCUGCACGGAGGGUUAUCCGCCUCAGUGACUGCCUGCGGGUGGCCAAGCCUGAUGGGGAGGCCAGCAGUCCCCGGGACACCAGUGCCUUCUUCGUGGAGACCAAGGAGCGCCUGUACCUGCUGGCGGCCCCCACUGCAGAGCGUGGUGACUGGAUACAGGCCAUCUGCCUGCUGGCCUUCCCCGGGCAGAGGAAGGAGCUGUCGGGGCCAGAGGGGAGGGGCAGCCAGCCCUGCAUGGAGGAGAAUGAACUGUACAGCAGCGCAGCCUCAGUGGUCCCCUGCAAGGAAUUUGCGGUGAUCAUUAGACCUACGGAAGCCAGUGAGAGGUGCCACCUCCGGGGAUCCUAUACCCUGCGCACUGGGGAGGGUGCCCUGGAGCUGUGUGGCGGCCCCGAGCCAGGCUCCCGGCUGUACGAGUGGCCCUACCGGUUUCUGCGGCGCUUCGGGAGGGACAAGGUAACCUUUUCCUUCGAGGCAGGCCGGCGCUGCGUCUCUGGAGAAGGUAACUUUGAGUUUGAAACCCGGCAAGGCAAUGAGAUCUUCUUGGCCCUGGAACAGGCCAUCUCUGCCCAGAAGAACGCCACCCCUUCUGGGCCCCAGCCAGCCACAAUGCCCGCCACGCUGCCCAGGCCCCACGACCCUCUGCCGCCUCCUUCGCCCACCACACUGGCGCCUGCCCUGCAGCCUCCGGGCCCAGAGGGAGAGUAUGCGGUGCCCUUCGAUGCAGUGGCCCGGUCCCUGGGGAAGAGCUUCAGGGGCAUCCUGGUAGGCCCUCCCCAGAUCCCGGCCGACCCUCUGUACGACAGCAUCGAGGAGCACCCACCCCCCCAACACGACCACAUCUACGAUGAGCCGGAGGGAGUGGCUGCUCUGUCCCUGUAUGACAGCCCGCAGGCACCCGGGCAUAAGGCGAGGAGGAGGCAGGCCACAGCUGAAGGGGACCCUAGUGGCCUCCAGCACGUCCACCCUGCCAGGAAGGAUUUCUCUCUCUCUGGCGGGCAGCCAGGAACCGAGUAUGACAAUGUUAUACUUAAGAAAGGCCCAAAGUGACACAGAUGCGGGCCGCACUGAAGUGUACACUGGGGAGGAGGAGAUGGCCACCUCCCCUUCUGUCUUCUGUGGGUGACUUCUCUUGGCUGCUGCAUCAGAAGAACCUCCUCUGCUCCUUCCUGGGCCUGCCAUAGUGUGGUGCAGUCUGAUGGGUCGUCCCUCCCAGGGCCUGCUGGGUGAGUCACCACCUGAAGCAGGAAGAACGCUCUGGAGAGACCCACCCUCCUCCUACUCCUUUCCCACUUCCUUCUCUUUCUUUCCCCGGCCUUAGAGGGAAGCUGGGGCAUUUAGGGCAGAGAACAAAAGGAUGUCAGCAAAUUGCCCUGGUUCCUUGGCUUGUGCAGGCCUCCUGCCUGCUCUUGUCCCCUUCAGGGGGCCACUCUGGCUCCAGGCACCCAGGAGAUGGCUGCAGCUUUCUGCAGGUUUCAGAUUUCUCUGUAACACUUUAAACACAUUAAAGUGUUUCUGAAACA